AUGCUACGUGCCUGUGCUCGACCUCGAUCUGCCCCGACCCGGAACCGCUGCUCAGUGCCGCGCGCAUCCUUGUACCCUUACCUCAUGAAGAGAAACUUCGACGCGUUUGAGGGUCAUCCUUUUCCCUCUUCGCCGUCCAAGAUGGCAACCUUCGUUGCCACCCCAUCUAUCACCCAUUGUACCACUCUCAAUGAUCCCCCAACACUCAGUCUUACUCCCAAGGAGCAACAAUUGAGAGAUCUUUUGGUAGAUGUUGCAGCCUUCAUUGACGGAGCCGGUCGUUCACCUGAACCCCUCGUCCUUCGAUGGGCGGGGGGCUGGGUUCGUGACAAGCUCCUGGGCAUCGAGAGCCAUGAUAUUGAUACCGCCAUCAAUGCCAUGACUGGCUACGCGUUCAGUCUGGAGCUGCGCGACUACUGUGCCCAGGAGGAGCAUACUAAAAAGCACAACAUUGGCCCCGAUGACAUGGGUAGCCUCCACAGAAUUGCUGCCAAUCCCGAUAAGUCGAAGCAUCUCGAGACAGCGACUACGCGCAUGUUUGGUCUCGAUGUCGACUUUGUCAAUUUACGCAAGGAGACAUAUACUCAGGAUAGUCGCAACCCUACAAUGGAAUUUGGCACCGCUGAAGAGGACGCCCUACGCCGCGAUGCCACCAUUAACGCCCUCUUUUACAACUUGCACACCGGCCUAGUCGAAGAUCUGACCGGCGGGCUCACAGACAUGAAGGCUCGCCUGAUUCGCACGCCCAUGGAACCUUUGCAGACUUUUACAGACGAUCCUCUCAGAGUGCUAAGAUUGAUCCGCUUCGCUAGUCGUCUUGACUUUGCAAUUGACCCUGCUGCCACUGCGGUCAUGGCCGAUGUCCAAGUCUUGCUCGCUCUGAAGCUUAAAAUUAGCCGCGAGAGGGUUGGUGUCGAGAUGGAGAAGAUGCUAAAGGGUAAGAACCCACACAUGUCUCUGGACUUAAUUCGUACUCUCAACCUGUAUGAGACCAUCUUCACGGAUUCAAACGAUACCGAUCACCCAUCGCCUAAUCUCUCCACGUGGCAUGUAGCCUACGAUCUUCUGGACAGCCUCGCUCAUGACAAGGCUCUGAGAUUAAUCUAUGACGUUCUGGUUAAAUCCGACGAGGCUGCAUAUUUCGCGUGGAAUUUGGCUGCAAUUACCCCGUACUCACACAUAAUGGAGGAAGUGCCAUUACCAAAGGUCAGGGGAACCGUGCCUCUGACAACGUUAGUAGCACGAGAAGGCAUCAAGGCUCCGAACAAGCUGUGCGAUAUCAUCACUGCAGCAUAUCGCCAUCGGGCCGAAAUCCUUGGUCUGAAGCGAGGAUUUGGUGCCGGGGAGUCUAGGACUAACGAAAGGGAUACCGUUGGUAUGGCGAUUCGCAAGUGGGAUGGCCAUGGAGGCCACUGGCGUAUCCAGGUGCUUUAUGCCCUACUUGUUGAGGCCAUGGAAAGGUUACCAUCUAGUUCAGCUACUGAGAGAUCGGAGUUUCUCGCCGGCUGGCAGGAGUUCCUGGACCACCUCGCGGAUUUGGACGUCAUGGACGCACCUUCGCUAAGGCGUCUGGUUGAUGGCCGCAUGCUGGGAAAAGAGCUUGGAGUCCGCCCCGGUAAGUGGAUGGGACAGGCCUUGGAUAUUUGCGUUGCCUGGCAACUUCGUCACCCGGACGAGACUGAGCCGGCUGGGGCGAUUGAUGAGGUGCGACUGCGAGCGGUUGAAUUGGGGAUCAGAGGGCUCUGA